AUGUCGGAUACUCCAAUAAGCCCAACAACGGGCAAACCACGAUCAAAGAUCUAUGAUGGGCAAUGUCACUGUGGUAGAGUGCAAUUUACCAUGAAGCAUUCCCCUCCAAUUGAAGACGGACCGGUGACUAGCUGCAACUGCUCAAUAUGCCACACGAAUGGCUAUUUAAUGGUGUACCCCUUGGAGACAAACAUCACCUGGAUUUCCGGCAAAAACGACAUGACGAGCUACAGUUUUGGACCAGAACGCAUUGCCCACAAUUUUUGUUCGCGAUGCGGUACCAGCGUUGGAGGGAAGUCGACUGAUCCGAACUUCUUCGCCGAUAAUCGGGCUGUCAAUAUCCGUACUCUCAAGAAUCUCGACGUGCCAAUUGACGAGCUGAAGAUAAGGAAGGUCAAUGGUCGUGCGGCAUGA